AUGACAUCUUCACCAGGGCAACCAGUCCUAGCACGCCAGAAAGGACCUCCUGCACUCGCGAGGGUGUCAAUAACAGAGCCUGCACCAAUUUUAUCUCCAAAGCAACGCGCUAAAGAGAAAAAUGAAAGAUUAUUUACGAAAGCACUUGAGCAGCCAAUCAUAGAUAUUGAUAAAAUACGAGAAUCUGCCUGGAUGGGCAUACCUGGAAAGCUUAGACCUACUGUUUGGCGCUUAUUCCUCGAUUAUGAGCCAAUAAGUCGUGAUUCCUCUGCAUCAACACUUAAGCAUAAAAGAAAAGACUAUUUCGACUGUCUCGAUCGUUUAUAUGGAAAAAAUCAACAAGCAUUAUGGACAUCUUCUCAAAAAUCAACAAUUCAUCAAAUUGAUAUCGAUUUACCACGUACACCCAACAAAUUGUUAAAAGAUCCACGUGUUACACUUUUAUUCCAGCACAUUUUAUUUGUUUGGGCUGUCAGACAUCCAGCUUCCGGCUAUGUACAAGGAAUGAACGAUAUUUUGCUUCCCUUCUUCAUAGUUUUUCUUUCCUCUUACAUACAAGAUAUGUCCAUCGAAGAUAUCUGCAAAUUGGAAAACAUUGAUUCAAUUUCCGACGAAUCCCUAAGAGAAAUCGAAGGCGAUUGCUUCUGGUGCUUUUCUAAGCUUCUAGAUGGAAUUCAAGACGUAUUUACCAAAGAUCAGCCAGGAUUAUUUAGAAUGAUUUCUGCGCUUGAAGAAUUACUUAAAAAAGUUGAUCCUGUACUUGCACAGACCUUUGCUGACCAAAAUAUUGAAACCAGCCAAUUUGCUUUCAAAUGGAUGAACUGUUUACUCGUCAGAGAAUUUCAUCUCCAUAUGCUGUUCAGAAUUUGGGACCUCUACUUGAGCCAAGUAACAAGGAUAGCUACAGUACAUGUUUACGUCUGCGCAGCAAUGCUUACAGUUCUUUCUCCAAAGAUUAUGGAGAAUGUUCAAGAAUGUAGCAUUUUUAUGCAGAGUUUGUCACCAAAAUCAUGGAGUGAAGAUGAACUAGAGACAAUUUUGGCCCAAGCGUACGUUUAUGAAAAAACAUUUGCUUUUUCCAAAAAUCACUGA